AUGGCGACCGUCAUCACCAUCCAGCCCUCCCCCACGGCUGGCCCGGCUGCCUCACCAAGUUAUUCACAGCCUCAUCACUCGCCCGCUGACCACCUACGCCGCCGCGCCCAUCCGGCCUCAUCCACCCCCAACCCUCUCUCGCCCUCGCCGGUGUCCGGCCAUUCGACCCUAGCCCGUGUCCCUGGCCGGGAUGGAGCAAGCUGUGACGCCUGUCUUCGUAGAAACAGCCGGUGCGCCAUGAACGAUAUUACCCACAAGUGCUACUCGUGCGACUUCCACCGUCAGGACUGCACCUUCACCCUAUCUGGCCCUCCGGCCGAGGCGCCCACCAAGAAGAGGAAAUUGGACGACGCUGCGCCGCAGCACGGGGAUUCCGUAAAACGACCCUCCACCGUCCCAUCCACCCAAUCAGUCACGGAGGGCGACGUUCCUCGCCCGCAGCACUCCCACGCCAUGAUCCGGUCGGGCUUUUUCAACCAAACUACUCAGCACAUUGGUAUGACCACCGAGCUAGAGCCCACCCUCCUCGAGUAUCUCCCGCUGGACGAGUACGACGAGUGCACUGUGUCCGCCUCGCGCAUCCGUCGCUGUGCCGACGACUGCACCUUCAUGCGGGUCAUUCAUGCCGUGCCCGUCGGCGACUCGCAGGCCGUGUCGCUGGACACCAUCGAGAGCCUGGUUGCUCCGUAUGGGUCGACCCUGAUCGAGAAGUUCUUCGAGCACGUGCACCCAUCCUUCCCCAUUCUGAUGGAGGACGCCUUCAGACAGUCAUACCGCGAGCGCAGGCAAUUAUCUCCGCUGCUGCUGGCGGCGGUGUAUGUAUUGACGCUGAAGUUUGUGGACGUCGGUGUCGCGUCACAGACGGUGCGGAGGCCAGACGCCUCGCGACUGGAAAGCACAGCGCUAAGUCUGCUCGUCGAGUCAUUGCCGUUCCCGAGUAUCUCAACGAUGCAGGCGGGUCUGCUGUUGACACAGAAAUCGACCCUAGCCACUGCGUCGUUGAACGGGCAGCUGGUCACGGCCGGGUUCGAGCUUGGUCUGCACCAGGACUGCUCGAACUGGCGCAUGAAGACGUGGGAAAAGGGUUUGCGGAAACGCCUGGCCUGGGCGCUGUACAUGCAGGACAAAUGGUCCUCGCUGGUGCAUGGCCGACCCUCGCAGAUUUUCGCGUUCAACUGGACGGUUAAGGACCUCGUGGAGCAGGACUUCUCAGACGCCUUCGCGUCCGGCACGAAUUCCGCCCACGACGACGGCGACGUGGGCCAUGGCCCCCUUCUCUUUUGCCACAUGGUCGCGCUAACGACCAUCCUCUCUGACAUCCUGGACCGCUUUUACACGCUCCAGGCGAUCGAGGACUUCCGUGCCGCAGGCAACCAGCGCACACGCCUGAUCCUGGAUAAGGCGAAGCCCGCGCAGAUCCGACUGAAGGAUUGGUUUUCGUCGCUGCCGGCGGCGCUGAAAAUGGAGUCCUCCAGCGGCGAGCUGGUCGAGACGAUCACAGACGAACUCGCACGCAAUGGCGCCCUGCACCUGGCCUACUUUGCCACCGAAAUCACGCUGCAUCGCUGCAUUGUGCGCUCGCUCGCCAGCGAUGCCACCGACUCCUACCUCGCGCACAUCUGCCGCUCCGCCGCGAAAACUCGGCUCAUUUCGGCUAUGGAUUUCGUCAACCGCCUGCGACCCGCGCACCUGCGCUCGUUCUGGCCGGCAUCCGCGCGCACAAACUUCUCGCUGAUUGGCUCGUUCGGCAUGCUCCUGCGCAUCACGGCACCGACCCACGAAGAGGCUGAGUUCUACCGCGUGCGGCUGUGUGAGUACCGCUGGACGCUCAGCGUGUCCCAUAAGAACGCUGAGUUCAUGAGCUUCGCGCUCGAGAGCCUCGACCAUGCUACUAUGCUGGAUAGGCAUGUCCCCGCCAAGCCGGGCAUCGAUGAGCUGAUGGCUUGCUCCACGAAGCAGCCCGCACGACCCAUGAUGGGCCCAGGCGAUUACGACGACGCAAUGGGCGAUGUCGAUGUGCAUGGCGGGACGGCAGCUAGCUCGUCGGUUAUUUCGGGUCUGGCCUCGCCGGCGACUAGCAUCAGUGAUGAUGAGGGCGAGGACACACCUCUGCAUCCUCUUUAA